UGCUUUCGUCUUCGGUCUCCUCCUCCUCUCCGACGUUUCCUGGUUGGACACCUACUGGGGCGCGUGCAAAAAUGCUUGUUCUCUACGAGACCUCUCUGGGCUACUGUCUGUUCAAGCUCACGGACGAUGCGAAGCUUGAGAGCGACGACCUCUGGGAGGAGUUCGAGACUCCGGAGAAGGCGAGCAAACUUCUGAAGCUCAAGGCCAUUCACCGGUUUACCUCGACCGCUGAUGCGGUAGAGGAGAUCACUGCUCUCCAGGAGCACAAGGUCACCAAGGGCCUGAAGAAGUUCCUCUCUGAGGAGAUUUCUGGCAAGGGGAAGGGGAAGGAGACGUUGGCCGUUUUCGAGAAGGAGUUCGGCAGGGCUCUCAAGGAGAAACUUAACAUCAAGGUCGUCUCCCCCAAAAUGACGGAGCUGUUCCACGGGAUCCGCUCCCAGCUCACCACCCUCCUGGACGGCCUCGACCCGAAGGACCUUGCCACCAUGAACCUGGGUCUGAGCCAUUCAUUAUCCCGCUUCAAGUUGAAGUUCUCUCCGGAUAAGGUGGACACGAUGAUCGUUCAGGCCGUCGCUCUUCUCGAUGACCUCGACAAGGAGAUCAACAUUUACGCCAUGCGCGUCAAGGAAUGGUACGGCUGGCAUUUUCCCGAGAUGGCGAAAAUCAUCGUCGACAACAUCGCGUACGCGAAAGUCAUCAAGCACAUGAGCUUCCGGACAAAUGCUGCCGCCAGCGACUUCGCCGCCAUCCUCCCCGAGGACCUGGAGGCGACCCUGAAGGCGGCCGCCGUCAUCUCUAUGGGUACCGACGUUUCCGAAUCCGACAUGGCGCACAUCCUUUCCCUGUGCGACCAGGUCAUCGCCAUCUCCUCCUACCGCACCCAGCUUGCGGAGUACCUGCGCAACCGCAUGAACGCGAUCGCGCCCAACCUGACCGCGCUCGUCGGUGACCUCGUCGGCGCGCGGCUCAUCAGCCACGCCGGCAGCUUGCUCAGCUUGGCGAAGCACCCAGCAAGUACUAUCCAGAUUCUUGGUGCCGAGAAGGCGCUGUUCCGUGCGCUGAAGACGAAGCACGACACACCGAAGUACGGUCUCAUCUACCAUGCAUCGCUUAUUGGCCAAGCACCACCAAAGCUCAAGGGCAAGAUGGCGCGUAUGGUCGCAACCAAGGCUGCGCUGUCGAUCCGUGUCGACGCCCUGACCGACGUCGACGAGAAGUCGGAGCCCCAGGCGCCGUCAAUAGGCAUCGAGAACCGCGCGAAGCUCGAGGCGCGGCUGCACGCGCUCGAGCAGCAGGGCGACGGCUCCGCGGUGCGCUCCGCGUUCGCGGGCAAGAAGCAGGCGCGCUUCCAGAUGACGGGCGAGACGAAGACGUACAACACCGCGGCGGACGCGGUCGACCUCGUGCCCACGCAGCGCGAGCCGAUGGAGGCCGCCGUGCAGGCCGUGCUGGACGUCAAGGCGGAGAAGAAGCGCGCGAAGGAGGAGCGCCGGGCGAAGAAACGCGCGGAGAAGGGCGGCGCGAGCAGCGACGUGGAGAUGGACGUCGACGGCCAGGAGGACAAGAAGGAGGACAAGAAGAAGCGGAAGCGGAGAGAGAGCGAGGCGAACGGGGACGCGGAGAAGCCCGCAGGGGAGACCGAGGAGGAGCGCAAGGCACGGAAAAAGGCCCGCAAGGCGGAGAAGGCGGCCGCUGCGGGCUCGGGCGCGGACGAGGCGGUCGACGACGGCUCGAAGAAGAAGAAAAAGAGAAAGUCAGAGGCAUAGCCGUGUGUGCUUACCUACUUACCCCCUUGUCGUCCCGCCUGCUCUGUCCUGUUGAUUUCGCUGCAUAUAGUACUGUAUUGUCACACAUUAGCUGCAUUGUGCCACAAAAUGCCAAGCUCCAUGUUGUUUU